GUGUGUAUGUGUGUGAGAGAGAGAGAGAGCGAGUCAGAAAGUAACCCUUGACAAAGAGUCUGUGUUUUAUUAGUGUGCAUGUGUGUGUGUGUGCAUGAGGCGAUGGAUGUGAAGAUGAAACGGAGCACAACAUGACAGUGUUUACACACACACACACACACACACACUGAAGGAAAGAGGCAGAGCAGCAGAAAUGAGUGUGUUUCUCUUCUUCUUCUUCCUGCGAUUGAGAGUUUGGAUGUGAUCAGACAUGCUGGACUGACUCUGGAUCUGCUGACCGGAGGAACGCUCCAGAAACCAUGACAGGUUUGGUUUUUGCAUUCUCCAGCCUGUUAUUACUCCACACGGCCUCCUCCUGCCCCAAAGAGUGCUCGUGUGACGCCAAAACGGUGGACUGCCGGGGUCGAGGACUGUAUGAUAUCCCACGAAAACUUCAUCAAGACACCCUGGAGCUUUAUCUCCAAAACAACCGGCUCCGAGGCCUGAGCUCCAUGUCUUUUCGGGACACACCAAACCUCCAGACCCUGGACCUGGCCAACAACUCGAUCUCCAUGCUUUCUCCCACCUCCUUUUUGGGCCUCAGGAGCUUGAAAGUCCUGAGUCUGGCUAAUAACUCUAUACGGGAGGUGGAUCGGCGGCUUCUGGUUUCCAUAAGGAAUCUUACGACACUGGACCUCUCCUUUAACACCAUAAACAGUCUACCUGGAGCUCUAGCGGAUAGUUUCCACUAUCUGACGCAUCUGUUUCUCCAUAACAAUCGGCUAACCAAGCUGGACCGCAUACAUCUGGAGGCUCUGGGCAGUCUUAAAGUUCUGCAUCUAAAGGGCAAUCCCUGGAGAUGCGACUGCCAUCUGAUCGGACUCAAACUAUGGCUGGAGACAUUCGCUUUCAAAGGUGGAGUUGUGGACAGCAUCACGUGUGUCCAGCCGCAUCUGAUGCUGGAGCGAGACCUCCGGCUCGUUCCCUACGAGCUGUUCCACGCCUGCAUGAUCACCAGCUACAGCUACCUAUUCGCCAACAUCCACUACAUGGACAGCAAGCACCGCACGCUCAGCGGACAGCUCUACCCCAGCCCCAGAGCCCCGUCUGGGGGAGACUUCAGCCCCGCGGGAGACCCCAUACUGCCCGAAUGCGAGGCCAAGCAGAGAUCCAGACCCGCAAACUACAGACACGCCAUCGCCACCGUGGUCAUCACAGGGGUGGUGUGUGGGAUAGUGUGUUUAAUGAUGCUAGCGGCCGCCGUCUACGGAUGUGCAUAUGCAGCGAUCACAGCCAAAUAUCAACGAGAGCUCAAGAAGAAAGCAAAGGAGACUGCAGGAGAGGAGCAGAAAAACAUCGAAAGAGACCAGGAUAAGGAGCCGCUGGAGUGAUGCAUCAUAUCACGCUCAUAAGAGCACGGAAACACCCCGAGGAUACACUUCAGAGCAUGCACGUGCUGUUGCAAAAAAAAAUAAAUAAAUCCUGCGAUUGCAAAAAGAUGAAGUGUCAUGCAGGGAAUCCUGGAAGAGUGAAUUUAUGGCUAUACACUGUAUUUAUUAAGGAACUACUUUCUUGGCAAAUAAGUUUGCUCAUGACUAUACAUGAAAUGCAGAGUAACAUAAUGGAGUGAUGCAGCAUAGCAUGCACAUACAGGCACAAGAACAUGUGCACUUGCUCUUGUGUGUCUACAUCAUACCUGUCAACCCUCCCGUUUUUCCCAGGAUUCUCCCGUUUUUUACAGUUCUAUCCCGCUAUCAUCUUCUCCUGUAUUUUCAGUCUUUCUCUAAAGGGUGGCAAAUACACAUUAAAGAGCCAAGCCUCCCUAUACACAACCCAUACCGCCGAACCACCAGGGGACGCCCCUUACUCUUAAAUGUGAGUCUGUUCUGUGCUU